ACCCUGGGGUGCCCGCGGCUAUGUUUAACCGCGCCGUGAGUCGGCUGAGCAGGAAGCGGCCGCCGUCAGACAUCCACGACAGUGAUGGGAGUUCCAGCAGCAGCCACCAGAAUCCCAAGAGCACAGCUAAAUGGGCGGCUUCUCUGGAGAAUCUGCUUGAAGACCCGGAAGGCGUGAAAAGAUUUAGGGAAUUUUUAAAAAAGGAAUUCAGUGAAGAAAAUGUUUUAUUUUGGCUAGCAUGUGAAGAUUUUAAGAAAACACAAGAUAAAAAGCAGAUGCAGGAAAAGGCAAAGGAGAUCUACAUGACCUUUCUGUCCAGCAAGGCCUCUUCACAAGUCAACGUCGAGGGCCAGUCCCGGCUCAGUGAGACGAUACUGGAGGAACCGCACCCACUGAUGUUCCAGAAGCUCCAGGAACAGAUCUUCAACCUUAUGAAGUAUGACAGCUACAGCCGCUUCUUAAAGUCUGACUUGUUCUUAAAACACAAGCGAACGGAGGAAGAGGACGAAGAUCCACCCGAUGCCCAGACUGCAGCUAAAAGAGCUUCGAGAAUUUAUAAUACAUGAGCCCUCAAGACACUGGCAAGACUGGCAGCUUUCGGAAGUGAAGGAACUCACUCUCAGGACCGUGCAGGGUUUAUAACCUCUUUGUUAUCUGCAAGGACUGAAAUGUGCAAAACCCUUCCAUGGGAUAUGUGUAUUUUAUUACCUGCUUGACCAGUAAGUUUUGCA